UCGCUAGUUCAUGUGAACGAAGGCAGCCGGAGGGAGUUGAAUAUAAAAAAGGAAAAUAGAAGAAAAGAAAAUGGGGGCGGAGGUACGCAGCUAGUCGGCGAGACGCGAAGGUUCUUGGGCGGCGAUUAAAGCCAGCGGCAGGAAGAGAUUCUAUCCUCGUUGCUGCCUCGCCUUCGAUCUUCCCCUGCGGAGCGAUCUCGGUACAUCGACAUUACUUCGGGGAAGAGUAAGAGGUGGAGGAGGGCAUCGGGAGAAGGCCAGAUCUUUCUAGCUCUUAGUGUGUCGUUGGUGGGAGCCGAUCUUGGCCGUGAGGGCAAGUUGGAGGUGGAUCCUGGUGUCGGUAGAGUUUGACAGGAACUCUGAGGGAGCAUCGGGGAGCAACGCUUGGCUUUCGGUCAUAGUAGGGGAUAAUGGCAAGUAAGUUCAGCAUAGUAGUAGGAUCACAAGUCUGGGUCGAGGAUCCUGAUGAGGCUUGGAUAGAUGGAGAAGUUUUGGAGGCCAAGGGAGAUGAGAUUAAGAUCUGUUGUACUUCUGGAAAAAUGGUGACAGCCAAUAUUUCUAGUGUUCACCCUAAGGAUCCUGAAGCUUCACCUUGUGGAGUAGACGACAUGACAAAACUUGCCUAUUUGCACGAACCCGGAGUUUUGCAAAACUUGAGAUCUAGAUAUGACAUGAAUGAAAUUUAUACUUAUACUGGCAAUAUAUUGAUCGCUGUCAAUCCCUUCCGGCGUUUGAAUCACCUGUACGACAGCCACAUGAUGGAACAAUAUAAAGGAGCAGCUUUCGGUGAAUUAAGUCCCCAUCCUUUUGCUGUUGCAGAUGUUGCUUUUCGAUUGAUGAGAAAUGAAGGAGUAAGCCAAUCAAUUUUAGUAAGCGGGGAAAGUGGUGCUGGUAAAACUGAAAGCACAAAGAUGAUUAUGCGUUACCUUGCUUACAUGGGCGGUCGAGCUGCAUCAGAAGGGAGGACUGUCGAGCAACAAGUGCUCCAGUCAAAUCCUGUUCUUGAAGCCUUUGGAAAUGCAAAAACAGUAAGAAACAACAACUCAAGUCGUUUUGGCAAAUUUGUUGAGAUUCAGUUUGAUGAGAGGGGAAGGAUUUCUGGGGCUGCCAUUAGGACUUACCUUCUUGAAAGAUCCCGAGUUUGCCAAAUAUCUGAUCCUGAAAGGAACUAUCAUUGCUUUUACAUGCUUUGUGCAGCACCACCAGAAGACAUUCAAAGAUACAAGCUGGAAAAUCCAAGGGCGUUUCAUUAUCUUAACCAAUCUAACUGCUUUGAGCUUGAUGGGGUGAAUGAUUCCAAGGAGUAUCUAGAAACAAAAAAGGCUAUGGAUAUCAUUGGGAUCAAUUCUGACGAACAGGAUGCUAUUUUCCGUGUGGUUGCUGCUAUUCUUCAUCUAGGAAAUAUUGAGUUUGUAGAUGGAGGGGAAACAGAUUCUUCUCAACCUAAAGAUGAGAAGUCACUGUUCCAUUUGAGAACUGCUGCAGAGCUAUUUAUGUGUGAUGCAACGGCACUUGAAGAUUCUUUGUGUAAGCGUAUUAUUGUUACUCGGGAUGAGAAUAUAAUAAAAACCCUGGACCCAGAAGCUGCAGCUUUAAGUAGAGAUGCCCUUGCAAAAAUUGUUUACUCAAGACUGUUUGAUUGGCUUGUAAACAAGAUCAACAACUCAAUUGGUCAAGACCCUAAUUCAAAGUCCUUAAUUGGGGUGCUGGACAUAUAUGGCUUUGAGAGUUUUAAAACUAACAGUUUUGAGCAGUUCUGUAUCAAUCUUACAAAUGAAAAAUUGCAGCAGCACUUCAAUCAGCAUGUCUUUAAGAUGGAGCAAGAAGAAUAUACCAAAGAAGAAAUUAGCUGGAGUUAUAUUGAGUUUGUUGAUAACCAGGACAUACUCGACCUUAUUGAAAAGAAACCUGGUGGAAUCAUUGCUCUCCUAGAUGAGGCUUGCAUGUUGCCUAGAUCAACACAUGAAACUUUUGCUCAGAAACUAUACCAGGCUUUUAAAAAUCACAACCGCUUUAGCAAGCCCAAAUUAUCUCGGUCUGACUUUACCAUUUGUCACUAUGCUGGUGAAGUUACAUAUCAGACGGAGUUGUUUUUAGACAAGAACAAGGACUAUGUGGUUGCUGAGCAUCAGGCUCUUUUAAGUGCCUCUAAAUGUUCUUUUGCUUCAAGUUUAUUUCCACCUCUUUCUGAUGAUGCAUCAAAAUCUUCAAAAUUUUCAUCAAUAGGCUCGAGAUUUAAGCAACAACUGCAAUCUCUCCUAGAAACUCUAAGUUCCACUGAGCCACAUUACAUUCGCUGCGUUAAACCCAACAAUCUCUUGAAACCGGGAAUAUUUGAGAAUCAAAAUGUUCUUCAGCAGCUCCGCUGUGGGGGAGUGAUGGAGGCUAUUAGAAUAAGUUGUGCUGGAUAUCCGACUAGACGGGCAUUUUGUGAAUUUAUUGACCGUUUUGGCAUUCUUUCACCAGAGGUUUUGGAUGGAAGUUGUGAUGAGUUGACUGCCGCAAAGAGGUUGCUAGAGAAGACAGGUCUCAAAGCUUACCAGAUUGGAAAAUCGAAGGUGUUUCUUCGAGCUGGUCAAAUGGCUGAACUGGAUGCUCGUAGGAAUGAAGUACUGGGAAGAUCUGCUGGCACAAUCCAAAGAAAAGUCCGGUCAUACCUGGCCCGUAAAAAUUUCAUUGUGCUUAAGAAUUCAGUCAUACAGAUUCAGGCCAUAUGCAGAGGUGAACUUGCAAGACAGAUUUAUGAAAACAUGCGUAGACAAGCUGCUGCACUUAAUAUUCAGACAUUUUUCCGUAUGCAUCUUGCAAGGAUUGCUUACAAAAUGUUACUGUCUUCGGUUGUUACCAUACAAACUGGCUUAAGGGGAAUGGUUGCUCGUGAGGAACUUCAUUUCAGGCGGCAGACAAAAGCUGCUAUUAUCAUUCAGUCCCAUUGCCGUAAAUACUUGGCUUGCUUGGAUUACUCAAGGAUGAAGAAAGCUGUUAUCACUAGUCAAUGUGCUUGGAGAGGGAAGGUUGCAAGAAGAGAGUUGCGGAAGCUUAAAAUGGCAGCUAGAGAAACUGGUGCCCUUCAAGCUGCCAAGAAUAAAUUGGAAAAGCAAGUUGAAGAACUUACAUGGCGCCUGCAAUUGGAAAAGCGCAUGAGAGCCGAUCUUGAGGAAGCUAAGACCCAGGAGAAUGCAAAAUUGCAAGCUGCUUUGCAAGAUAUGCAACAACAAUGCAAGGAGACUAAGUCUAUGUUGAUUAAGGAACGUGAGGCUGCCAAAAAAGCUGCUGAAGUAGCUCCUAUUAUUAAAGAGGUUCCUGUUGUCGACACAGUUCAAAUGGAUAAGCUUAGAGAUGAGAAUAAGAAGCUUAAGGCUUUGCUGAGCUCUCUGGAGACAAAGAUUGAUGAAACUGAGAAGAAGUUUGAAGAGACAAGUAGAAUCAGUGAGGAAAGGCUAAAGAAGGCCAUGGAUGCUGAAACUAAGAUAAUUCAACUGAACAAUUCGGUGCAGAGGUUUAAAGAGAAACUUUCUAACAUGGAAUCUGAGAACCAAAUUCUGCGACAGCAGACAUUAUUGCAUUCUCCUGUGAAACGCAUGUCUGAGCAUUUAUCAAUUCCAUCAACUCCUACCAAUCAUAGUUUGGAGAAUGGGAAUCAUCAUGUUGCAGAUCCUAAGAGUGCCCCACCAGCUAUCAAGGACUGUGCAAAUGCUGAUGCUAAGCCGAACAAAUUUCAUGCUGAGAGACAGCUUGUGAGUGUCAUAUGUUCCUUAAAUCUAAAGCUUUUACCUCACUCGAAAGUAGCUGCAUUAACUAUGUAUAAAUGUCUUCUUCACUGGAAAUCCUUUGAAGCUGAAAGGACAAGUGUUUUUGAUCGUCUCAUCCAGAUGAUUGGGUCUGCGAUUGAGAAUGAAGAGUCUAAUGAUCAUCUUGCUUAUUGGCUAUCAAAUGCUUCGAGUUUAUUGUUCUUGUUGCAAAAAAGCAUUAAGCCUCCCGGUGCAGCUGGAGCUAAUCCACAUCGAAAACCUCCUGCUCCCACAUCAUUAUUUGGGAGAAUGACUCAAUCAUUUCGUUCUUCGGCAUCUUUUACCAACAUUGCUGUGGAUGGCCUGGAUGUUGUGCGCCAAGUUGAAGCAAAAUACCCUGCCUUGCUUUUCAAGCAACAGCUAACAGCUUUUGUGGAGAAGAUGUAUGGAAUGAUUCGAGACAACGUGAAAAAGGACUUAUCUUCUUUGCUUUCAUUGUGUAUACAGGCUCCAAGAACAACAAGGGUAAUUAUGCUGCGUGGCUCUGGGCGUUCAUUUGGAAACCAAGGACAAAGUAAUCACUGGAAGACCAUUGUUGAGAGUUUGGAUGACCUUCUUAAGAUGUUGCAAGAGAACUGUGUGCCUUCUAUUCUCAUUCAGAAGAUGAAUACACAAAUUUUCUCAUACAUAAAUGUACAAUUAUUUAACAGUUUACUUCUUCGGCGUGAAUGUUGUUCCUUCAACAGCGGAGAGUAUGUUAAAUCUGGUUUAGCUGAGUUGGAAUUGUGGUGUGCAAAAGCAAAAUCUGAGUAUGCUGGAUCAUCCUGGGAUGAGCUUAAGCACAUAAGACAGGCUGUUGGUUUCUUGGUCAUAUUCCAGAAGUCUAGGAUUUCCUACGAUGAGAUAGUUCACGAUCUGUGUCCGGUACUUAGUGCGCAUCAACUUUAUAGAAUCUGUAAACAGUACUGGGAUGACAAGUACGACACAAAGAGUGUCUCUUCAGAGGUUCUUUCAAACAUGCGGGUACUCAUGACAGAAGAUUCUAACAGUGCAGAAAGCAGUUCGUACUUGUUAGAAGACAACUCUAGCAUUCCCUUCUCAAUCGAUGACUUGUCUACUUCUUUACAUGCAAAAGAUUUCUCGGAGGUCAGACUAGCUGAGGAGCUCCUCCAAAACCCAGCCUUCCAUUUUUUAGAGUGAGGCUUUAGGGUUUUUACUGUGCCUUUCCAGUGGUUGAUAUUUAUUGAUCUCGAAUACUGUAAAUCCAUUCUUUGUCAUUCUUUGUUUCCAUUCACCCAUCAGAUUGUAAAAAAGAAGCUUCAGUUUUAUAGAUGUUUAGGGUCGUCAUAGUGAAGUCGAUAGGGAUGGGAUGUGCAUCAGCAUUCUUGUCAUUAGGUUGCCACUGCUGUUCGUUGGUUUAUAGUUAACAUUCUUUAGUUCUAGUUGAUAUUGGUCCAGUUGACAGAAUGGAAGAGCUGGCAGAGGGAAUGACAUAAUAAUCCUUUCUCUUAUACUAUAUUGUUGUAUAGCUACAUGCUUUGGCAAAAAAUGUCGAUCUUUGUUGUAGUAACAUGAAUUGUCUUGUAAGCUGAAUUGCGAUGAUGAAGGUUCCAAUGGUCUUCAAUAGGAAGAAGAGAGUUUUCAAGUUUUGAGAAGAAUAUAUGCGUGCGAUAAAUGUUCAGCAGAAACAAAAGAAAUGUUUUGUAUAUUUAAUCAAAUUAGUUUGAGGAUGUGUUAACAUUGUCUAAAAA